CCCUCUUCAAAUCACUGCUUCAAACUCAAGUUUAAAUAAAUAACGUGGAACCAUUUUUAUGCUAGAAAAAAUUAUCUCAAACGUAAAAUUGUUGCUUUAAUAAUCACAGAUUUUAAUCAGAUGCUACAAUUUUGAUCCAAGUUCAUGAUCAAUAAUUUGUUAAGCUAUGUUUAAAACUAAAUGAUGGAGGGAAAUGAAACCAAAUACUUGAUUAUAUCUGAACUCUGUUUACUCUAUGCUUGGUUGUGGGUGUUCUUAUAUGAAAUUAUAACUUCUAUACACAGCAGGUGUUGAUUCAACAAAAGAGAUUUUUUUUUUACUUUCUUCGGUGCUUAUUUUAGACCUUCACGGCGUCAGUCGUGAUCUCUCUCACUCUCUUCCUCCAUCUCUCUCUCCCCCUUCCUCCUUUCCUCUCCUUCCAUCUCUCAUGCUUUUUCCGCUUUUCUCUCGCUCUCUUCCUCCAUCUCUCUCUCUUUGUCUCCCUCUCUCCACCCCGUUUCUCUCUCUUCCUCAUUUACUCUCCUUCCAUCUCUCUUUCUCCCCCUCUCUCUCCACCCUGUUUCCAUCUCUCUCUUUGUCCUUUCCUCUCCUUCCAUCUCUCUCUUCCUUCUUUCUCUCACUCUCUUCGUACAUCUCUCUCUCCCCCCUCUCUUUCUCCAUUCCUCUCCUUCCAGCUCUCUCUCCACCUGUUUCUCUCUCUCUUCCUCCUUUCCUUUCCUUCCAUCUCUCUUCCUCCUUUCUCUCACUCUUCCUCCAUCUCUCUCUCUUUCCAUCUCUCACUCUCUCUUCCUCUUUUCUCUCACUCUCUCUCUCUCCACCCCGUCUCUCUCUCUCUCUCUCUCUCUCUGUCCAGGAGGUGGGUCUUCAUGCUCUUGCUUGCUGUCAGUACUCUCAGCAUCACUGCGCUCCUCAGCCUCCUCCUGUCAUGGACUGUGGAGAGAAAAGCCGGUGCUAUUCUUUCACCUUGUCUUCAUAACGGAAUACUUUCCAAAAGACAUUUUUUUUUUAACAUCAAGGAUUUUUUUUCCCCCUUCCACUAAUCUUUCUCACCCCAUCUCAUCAUGUACACAGGCGCUCUUAUGUAGCCCAAACCGCAUUCAGACACGGCACACGUUUUCCCCUAUUUUUUCCCCCCGGAUUCGUUAACUCGGUUUUGGACCAUGGAUGUUGGGCUGUGUUUCGUGCCGCUUUUGAGGAUUUUGCUGCUUUCCAGCGUCUUUCAUGGCUGUGUGUUCUCGGUGCUCGACUGCCCACCGGCCUGCACCUGUUCCUCCACCGACAUUUACUGCAAUAAAUCGGACGGGGGGAAUUUCUUCCCUCUGCUCGCUCUGCAGGACAGCAACAACGGCAGCAGCGGCGGCGGAGACAUCGAAGACCUGUUCAGAAACAUCACCACCAUACACAUAGAGAACUGGACAGGACUGCAAAUCCUGAAGGAUGUUGACAUGGAACUAUAUACGGGACUACAGCGGCUGACUAUCACGAACUGCAAUCUACGAACGAUUCAAGCGCGUGCGUUUGCACAAAACCCUCAUCUCCGUUACAUAAAUCUGUCCAAGAACCCACUUACAACGCUCUCCUGGCAGCUCUUCAAGAACCUUCAGCUGGUCGAACUGCGGCUAGAGGGGAUUGUGUUUAGCUGUGGCUGUGAGAUUCGCUGGAUCCAGCUGUGGCAGCAGAGAGGGGAAGCAGGUUUACACAAACAGCAGCUCUACUGCAAGACCGGCGCCAACAAGAUCCGCCUGCGUACAAUGAACAUCGCUCACUGUGACCCCCCUGAUAUCAACGUAACUCACAGUAACCUGACGGUGAUGGAGGGAGACAACAUCACAGUCAGCUGUAAUGGUUCAGGUUCUCCAUUACCUGAUGUGGACUGGACCGUGAAAGGACUUCACUCUAUCAACACACACCAGUCAAACGUUUACUGGCCGAACAUUCACUCCAUCAACCUCACUCUCGUCAACGUAAGCCGGGACGACAAUGGCUUCAUCCUCACCUGCAUCUCUGCGAACGUGGUCGGCAUGACCAACAUGUCUCUUCAGCUGGCUGUGCAAUUUCCCCCAGUGAUUAUAAAGUUGGAGGAGCCUGAACGCAGACACCACACUUGCAUCGAGUUCACCGUGCGAGGUUUCCCUCAUCCCACACUACAGUGGCUCUACAAAGGUCACGAGAUCCAGGCCCCAUUCAUCCACACUGAGAUGGAGCUUUACCAGGACUACCUGGAAGGCUGCCUAAAUUUUGAAAACCCUACACACCUCAAUAACGGGAACUACACACUGGUAGCCACCAACUCGCUCGGCUCGGUCAACAAAACAGUCUUUGGACAUUUCCUGGCGCCACCACCAUUUUUGGAGGAUGACGGUAGGCUUUUUAUUUUGAAAAUCAGUCUCGAAUCUAGACAUGGUACUUUUGACAAUGGCAGUGGUUAGUUGUUCAGAUACGGUGUGAAUACAUUGAUUACUUCUUGUAGUAAUCGAAAAAUAUACUCUAGUUACACUACCUGUCCCUCAGUGGUGGAAUGAACUUCCAACCUCAAUCUGGAGCACAGAAUCUGUCACUAUCUUCAAAAAACUGCUAAAGACCCACCUCUUCUGUGAACACGUAGCUAACCCCUAAAAAAAAAAAAAAAGAAAGAAAGAAAUUACUCUGGCUCUUACACCUCUACUCUGCACACUCUGCUUUUUCUAGAACUCAA